CCAUUGUAAGGUCGGGCAACUGGAAAUGCAGUGCGCUAUCAUUCACCUCUUCCGUCUCCGUCGUGACUCGUGAACAACCAGCGCGCUACCCUUCCAUAAUAGCAUUCAAGUUCUGAAUCUGACUCCAAGUUCUGAAAAUUCCAAUUUCCAUACCAAAACCAAAGUUCUCAGUUCUCAAUUAGGGUUUAUACAUCGAUUUAGUUCUCUUCUACGAUUGUUAAUCUAGGGUUUUCUGCACUCUUCACUUGAACAAUCUUGUCGGGACUGGGAAGCAUGUCAAAGCGGAAAUUCGGAUUCGAAGGGUUUGGGAUAAACCGCCAAGCAACCUACAACUUCGACAGAUCCCAAGCUCCGCAGCGGCUAUAUGUUCCUCCUUCCUCGCGCCAUGGCCACGACAACUAUGAAGACACAGACCUCGACAACAUCGAUUACGCUGAAAAUGACAAUUCGAAGGACACUUCAGCUGAUGAUAACAAAGACAACGGAGCUGGAGAUGACGAAAUUGACCCUCUGGACGCGUUCAUGCAGGGGAUACACGAGGAGAUGAAGGCGGCCCCGCCUCCACAGCCGAAAGAGAAGUUGGAGAGGUAUAGGGAUGACGAAGAUGAUGAUCCCAUGGAGAGCUUCUUGAAGGCGAAGAAGGAUAUAGGCUUGACGUUAGCGGCAGAUGCGCUACACGCAGGUUAUAAUUCGGAUGAGGAGGUUUACGCAGUGGCGAAAGCAGUGGAUGCGGGGAUGUUGGAGUAUGAUUCGGAUGAUAAUCCAGUGGUGGUCGAUAAAAAGAAGAUAGAGCCGAUUCCAGCUCUGGAUCAUAGCUCGAUUGAUUAUGAAUCUUUUAGUAAGGAUUUUUAUGAGGAGAAACCAUCAAUAUCAGAGAUGAGUGAGGAGGAUGUUGCAGAAUACCGCAAGAGUUUGGCUAUCCAUGUUUCAGGUUUUGAUGUACCCAGGCCAAUCAAGUCAUUUGAAGACUGUAGUUUUUCAUCACAACUUAUGAAUGCUAUAGCAAAACAAGCUUAUGAAAAGCCUACAGCCAUUCAGUGCCAAGCAUUGCCUAUUGUGCUCUCUGGGAGAGAUAUAAUUGGUAUAGCAAAAACUGGUUCUGGUAAGACUGCUGCUUUCGUGCUUCCCAUGAUUGUACAUAUUGUGGAUCAACCUGAACUUCAGAAAGAAGAGGGUCCAAUUGGGGUGAUUUGUGCACCCACUAGAGAAUUAGCUCACCAAAUAUAUUUGGAAGCCAAGAAAUUUGCUAAAUCACAUGGGAUACGUGUCUCUGCUGUCUAUGGUGGGAUGUCAAAGCUUGAUCAGUUCAAAGAACUCAAAGCAGGAUGUGAAAUUGUUGUUGCAACUCCGGGAAGAUUAAUAGACAUGUUAAAGAUGAAGGCACUGAAUAUGUUGAAGGCAACUUACUUGGUACUUGACGAGGCUGAUAGAAUGUUUGACCUGGGAUUUGAGCCGCAAAUAAGGUCCAUUGUUGGUCAGAUUAGGCCAGACCGCCAGACCUUACUCUUUUCAGCUACAAUGCCCCGGAAAGUUGAAAAGUUAGCUAGGGAGGUUCUCACUGAUCCUAUAAGAGUGACGGUGGGGGAGGUGGGAAUGGCCAAUGAAGAUAUUACUCAGGUUGUUCAAGUUCUUCCUUCUGAUGCAGAGAAGAUGCCUUGGCUUCUUGAAAAAUUGCCUGGGAUGAUUGAUGAUGGUGAUGUUCUAGUUUUUGGUUCUAAAAAAGCUACCGUGGAUGAAAUUGAAUCACAAUUGGCUCAGAAGGGGUUUAAAGUUGCAGCUCUUCACGGUGACAAAGACCAGGCCUCUCGGAUGGAGAUUUUGCAAAAAUUUAAAUCUAGCAUCUAUCAUGUUCUUAUUGCAACGGAUGUUGCUGCUCGUGGACUUGACAUCAAGUCAAUCAAGUCAGUGGUGAACUUUGAUAUUGCUAGAGACAUGGACAUGCAUGUGCAUCGUAUUGGUAGGACUGGUCGUGCUGGUGACAAAGAUGGAAUUGCAUACACUCUUAUAACUCAGAAAGAAUCACAUUUUGCAGGUGAAUUGGUUAACAGUUUGAUUGCUGCUGGUCAGAAUGUGUCCAUGGAACUUAUGGAUCUUGCUAUGAAGGAUGGAAGAUUCAGGUCCAAACGUGAUGCAAGAAAAGGAGGUGGGAAAAAGGGUAGAGGGAGGAGUGGAAGUGGUAGAGGCGUGCGUGGAGUGGAUUAUGGUCUUGGCAUUGGCUAUAAUCCGGAAACCAAUAGUACUCCAUCUCAUGCAGCUCCAAGUGGAUCUGCUGCAGUUAGUUCAUUGAGGACAGGGAUGGUAGGUCAAUUCAAGAGUAAUUUUGUUGCUGCUUCAUCAAACUCUCAAAGUUCUAGUGCCAACAAGGGACGAGCAUUACCUGGAUUUAUCUCUGGUGGUUCAAUUGGUGGAGACAUAAAUAGAACUCGGACAACCACCUCAUUACCUGGUUUUGUCUCUGGUGGUUCAAUUAGUGGAGAUGCAAAUAGAACUGGGACAACCACCUCACUACCCGGUUUUGUCUCUGGUGGUUCAAUUACUGGAGAUGUAAAUAGAACUCAGACAAUUGGUCAGAAUACUGGAGGAAAUCAUAGUCGGCACAUGGAAAGUUCCAAGGAUAGGGGUAGAGGAAGGCAGAGGCCAUCUGGUUGGGAUCAUUGAUGCAGCUCUCACAUGGAUGAGAACUUCUUUAUUCUAGGAUGACACUUGAAAUCUCUGUAUGACUAUUAUCCUGAGUGAGUCUCUUCAUUGUCAUGCUUAUCUACUAAUUGUGUAUGGUUUCAUAUUUUAGUUCAUAUUAAUCAGCAUGCUUUCCUUCUUCUGGCCAUGGUUCAUAGCAGGAAAUUAGAUUUUUGGUUAUAUAAUUUCAUAGAAAGCUAACAUUCCAUUUGUCUGUAGGUGGAUGUCUUGUAAAUUUUCUAACAUAAUUCUUUAGUUCAAUUUUUUUUUCUGUUC